UUUGAGCGCCUCCUCACUGCCUCUUUCCCCGUCUCAAUAGAAAACCCUCAAACCCUCUCUCUGUCUCUCUCUCUCUCCCUUCCUCUCACGGCAGUAACCGGCGAGCCCUCGACCGUGUUCCAGGAAGUGUGCGUCGGCUCGGGACGGGCCGGAGCGGCGGGGGAGCUGUGCCGGUGAGGGGUAGCUGAGAUCUGGAGAAUGGGACACGGUGAGGGGCGCCGGAGGUGAUGAUCCGAUAUCUGGUAGCAUAAAGAUUUGAUAUUGGGUCGUUUUAGCUUAGUGUUCGUGAGCGGCAUGGAUGGUGGGGGGCGACUGUGGAUCCUGGUGACGCUGCUGUUGACGCUGGCGGCCGCUGCAGCGGCGGCGGCGUCAACGACGAGACGGAGGCACGCGUACGCGGCGAUGAUGUACAUGGGGACGCCCAGGGACUACGAGUUCUACGUGGCGAUGAGGGUGAUGAUGAGGUCCCUUGCGAAGCUCAACGUCGACGCCGAUCUCGUUGUCAUCGCCUCUGUAGAUGUCCCCGUACGAUGGGUCCAGACCUUGCAAGAGGAGGAUGGUGUGAGGGUUGUCACUGUUGAGAAUUUGAAGAACCCCUAUGAAAAUCAAGACAACUUCAACACCAGAUUCAAGUUGACAUUGAAUAAGCUUUAUGCAUGGAGUUUAGUUUCAUAUGAUCGAGUUGUUAUGCUUGAUUCUGAUAACAUUUUCCUCCAGCGUACUGAUGAGCUUUUCCAGUGUGGUCAAUUCUGUGCUGUCUUCAUCAACCCCUGCAUCUUUCAUACUGGACUUUUUGUCCUUCAGCCUUCAAUGGAUGUUUUCAAGAACAUGCUUCAUGAACUAGAAAUUGGACGUGAGAACCCAGAUGGAGCUGAUCAGGGCUUCCUUGCAAGCUACUUUCCUGACUUGCUUGAUCAGCCGAUGUUCCAUCCACCUAUCAAUGGUACCAAACUUGAUGGUACCUAUCGGCUUCCUUUGGGAUACCAGAUGGAUGCUUCAUAUUAUUAUCUGAAGCUCCGGUGGAGCAUACCAUGUGGACCAAAUAGUGUAAUCACAUUCCCUAGUGCCCCAUGGUUAAAGCCCUGGUAUUGGUGGUCUUGGCCUGUCUUACCAUUGGGUCUUUCAUGGCAUGAGCAACGUCGAAAGAAUCUUGGGUAUGGUUCAGAGGUUCCGGUGUUGCUGAUCCAAGCUAUAAUGUAUGCUGGAAUCAUAGCCGUCACCAGGUUGGCACGACCAAGCUUGUCGAAGCUGUGCUACAACCGACGUCCAGAGAAGAGCAUCAUGAUCUUACAUACAAUGCUUAAGGUGGCAGCAAUGUGGUCUAUACUUGCAGCAUACACCGUGCCAUUCUUCCUCAUCCCGCGUACAGUGCAUCCUCUUCUGGGCUGGUCCCUUUAUGUGCUUGGAGUUGCUUCUCUUUCUUCAAUUGUGAUCAAUGUCUUUCUGCUCCCACCUUUGCCGGUCCUCACAGUGUUGCUAGGAAUAUUGGGUUCGCUAGUUGUGAUGGCAUUCCCUUGGUAUUCAGACGGUGUUGUUAGAGCUCUGGUAGUGUUUGCUUAUGCCUUUUGCUGUGCUCCAAUGGUAUGGGCAUCCUUGAUUAAAGUGUCAAGUUCCUUGCAGAACCUACUUGAAAGGGAGGCCUUCUUUCCCAGACUCGGGGAGUCCACACAAGUGCCUGAGUUCAACAAACUUUAUUAAUCUGCACAAAUGACCGGCUUUAAUGGAGAUGAUUAGAUUGGCUAAUCUAUUCAUUUUGACAAUUUUGUUAUUCACUUAUAUCUACUUUGUGUAACAUUAUGACAGUUUAAUACCAUAUAGAAGAGGCAAAUGACUAAUUGGCAAAGAUGGGGGUUGUCACUCUGGUGUUCAGGGGAUAUGAAGAAUCAUGAUAAAAUUUUGAUCAUUCUCCUCUUGAAAGUGAAGCACUUCAGUUUGGAAAUGGGGUUUUUUCUUGAUCUUGAUAUCUUAGUUUGAAAAUAAUAAUUCUGUUGUAUUUCCUGUGACAAUAUCGUGUGUUUUACAAAGGAGAUUUUGCAUUGCAUGGU